AUGCCGUCGCGAACGAGCUCUCAUCAAUCGGCGUCUUUGGGCGCGUCACAGUCGCAGCAGGACGCGCAGGCCGAGUCUGCCAUGAACAAGGAGAAAGAGUCCCUUGUCGACUUUGUGAAGAGAAUAUGGCAGAAGACGGGGCUGGACCAGCCUACUAUUCUGCUGAUGUUGAAGGGCGGUAUCGCGCCGACCAUCGGCGUGGCCAUCUACCAGGCCAGCUCGGUUGCUCACCAGUAUACCACGCUGGGCUACCUGGUGUCCAUCAUCUCGAUCCUGGGGUUUGCUAUCAUGCCUCGAGCCAAGUUCAUCCAGAUGAUGAUCUUUGACGUUUUGGCUACCUGCAUUGCGGCGUCAUUUGCGCUGCUGACUAUGUACUCGAGUGUGAAGGCGCGCCAGAACACUGACUCCAACUCGAAUGCGGCAUCUGGCCAGUCGGCCAACCCAUCCAACCAGUCGUACAAUUCGUCGGCGUCGGCAGUCAGCGGAGUGUUCCUGUUCUUCCAGAUUUGGCUGGUUCAUUCCUUUCGUGCCAAGUACCCGCAGUUCCAGUUUCCUACGAUCAUAUACGCCAUUUUCGCUAACGUCUCCUCCACCUAUGCGCCGCAGAUGGUGAACAUGACCGCUGCCAUUAGCUUGGUCAAGCGAAUGUUGGAGGCAUUUCUUACUGGUCUUGCUAUUUCUACUGCCAGUUCUUUGCUCAUUCUUCCCAUGACCUCGCGCACAGCGGUCUUCAAAGAGAUGGCUGGCUAUAUUGGCGGACUUCGCACCGCGCUGGGCGCCCACGCUGCGUACUUUGAGACUCUGGAGAAGGACGACAUGUUUGGCCGCGCUGAGACAUACGAUGAGUCGCGCGAGAAAUUCGGCAAGAAAGGGAAAGUAUACAGUCCUGAAGCUGAAGCUAUUCGCGGUGCAAUCCGACAGAUCACCGAUCUACAUGCCAAGCUUCAUGGUGAUCUGACUUUUGCCAAACGAGAGGUCGCCCUGGGAAAAUUGGGCCCCGACGAUCUCCAAAAAAUUUUCCGUCACCUUCGAGAAAUCAUGAUUCCAGUCGUGGGACUCAGCUUUGUGGUUGAUAUCUUCCAGCGGCUGUCCGAGUACAAUAAGUGGAAUGACCCAAUCGAUCCCACCUCCGAGACUGUUCCGAAUGCUGUGCGCGAACGCGUCGUGCGUGAAUGGAAUGAUAUAAUGAGAGCGGUGCAUGACCCCUUUGCGGCGAUGAUCCAGACUAUCGAUGAAGGGUUGCAGCAUACCUCGUAUAUUUUCCGACUAACCAAACCGCCCAAGAGAACGGCGACGGCGUCAACAAAUGGUUCGACUGAAAAUGGAAAAGAUGUGGAGGCGUCAGCUGAAAACACGGCCCCUGGAGAGAAAGGAUUUACGGCGCAUUUCGAGAAGAAACUGUGCGAGUUCCGAAGCGCAAAACGCAUUGCGUUGCAGACAUGGGCAGAGGAGAAGGGUAUCACACUGCCACCCGACUUCUUCGAUCACCCCUCAUCAGUAGAGAUUCUUGAGGGCGACUUUUUGGAUUCAUCUGCGUCUCAUCGCGAGCGAAGUCGGCGGCAGUUGUAUCUGUUUCUAUAUAUGGAGCAACUACUCCAUUCAACCGGUCAAACAGUCUUGCAAUUUGUUCGAUACGCCGACCAUGUCGCGCACAAGGGGAAGCUAUCGAGAACUCGAUUAAUUAUCCCUGGAGGGCCGCGCCUGUGGAAAUGGGGCAAAGGCUUUUUGAAGCCAGAUGAUUCCCACGAGGAUGAUAACAUGGGCGAUGUUCACACUCAAAGCAAUCUUCUCCAGCUCGGCGAGGCAUACAAACUCCGCAAAGAUCCUGAGCACUUGCCACCAGAGACCUUGUUUCAAAAAGUCGGGGACAAGAUCCGCGUCUUUCCUGCCUUCUUGCGCUCGUCCGAGUCGACAUAUGGAUUUCGAGUUGCAUGUGCCACAAUGACCAUUGCGAUUAUUGGGCUGCUGCACGACACCCAAGCCUUCUUCAUCAAGCAAAGACUGGUGUGGGCCAUCAUCAUGGUCAAUCUCAGCAUGUCCCCGACAUCGGGGCAGAGUAUUUUCAGCUUCGUGCUGCGAAUUGCAGGCACAGCGAUUGCUAUGGUGGCAAGUCUUUUGGUCUGGUAUAUUCCCGACGGGAAAACACCAGGUGUGGUCAUCUUCCUUUUCCUGUUUCUGUCCUGCGCGUUCUACAUCCCGAUCAAAAUGUUCCGGUUCCGUGUGGUCGGGAUCAUCAGCAUUGUCACUACAAGCAUGAUCGUCGGCUAUGAGCUGCAGGUGCGCAAGGUUGGUGAACAGGUCGCCACCUCCAACGGCCAGCCAUUCUAUCCCAUCUAUCUCCUUGCGCCCUACCGUCUCGCCACUGUCGCAGGUGGUAUUGCCGUUGCAUUCAUCUGGACUUUCUUCCCGUAUCCGAUUUCGGAGCAUUCGGUGCUGCGCCAGAGCCUGGGGGCUUCACUGUAUCUCUUGGCCAACUACUACUCAAUCAUUCACGAGACGAUAUCGGCUCGCAUGCGUGGCGAUGAGGGGGACUUGACGAUCAAGAGCUCCGCUGGGCGCAAGCUCGAAAAGGCCCGACACAAGGUGUUUUCCAAGCAAAUGCUGAUGCUGAACGGCUUGCGCACAUACUCGGAAUUCCUGCGGUGGGAAGUUCCCAUUGGGGGCAAAUUUCCCAAGAAGAAAUACGACACGAUUAUUCUCUGCGUGGAAAACAUUGUCAGCUAUCUGAGUUUGUUGGGCUAUGCAUCAGACACCCUAAUGCACCUGAGCGAAAGCGACGACCCAUCGGACUCGGCUUGGAUGCAUGACUUCCGCCGACUGGUCGGCACCGCCAACGUCACAACCCACGAGGUGACAUCGCUGUUGUGUCUCCUCUCGGCCAGUAUCACCAACCGCCAGCCUCUACCCCCGUACCUGAAAGCACCUCGACCAUACAGCUUCUCGCGACGAUUGGAAGCAUUGGACAAAGACAUUCUGAGCAUCAAGCACAUCGCCGAGCCGGGAUUCGCAGCAUUUGCCGUUCUGCAGAUCUCAACUAGGUGCAUUGUUGGGGAUGUGGACAGGCUCUUGCGCCAUGUUAAGAGCUUGGUUGGGGAGCUGGACUUCUCGUUUCAUGCUGUUAGCAUUACAGAUUCCUUCGCGACGUCUCGCGCCCCCUCGAGGGCGACGUCACGCGUGACAGUGAAUGAGUUGCAGUCAUCGAAGUUAGGCGAUCGGGACAAGACAGACUAA